AAUGGGUGGGGGAAAGUUUUAGCUUUACUUAUAACAAGACACCUCCACUACGUAUGCUGAUCCACUAAAUUAUUUGACAAACCUUUCUACUGUCAUAAUCCUAUCCCAACAACAGCAAAAACCAAUCACAAUAUCCUAAUGUGCUACAAUCACUUGCAAAAAAUUCUCUUGUCCCUCAAAACAAAAGCCCUUAACAUCAAAUUUCUUGAUCAAAUCCUCACCCACACCAUCACAACUGGCUUCACUUAUUCCACCCCAACAUGGAACUGCCUUAUUAGAGCCUAUUCUAGAAGCCCCACCGCACCCAUCAAAGCCAUUCUUGUCUACAACUUCUUCAUUAAAACAUGCUCAACUAGACCUGAUAACUACACCUACCCGUGUCUACUCAAGGCUUGUUCACGUUUGUUUACUGAUUCUAAUGGCAAACAAGUGCAUACCCAUGUGAUAAAAACUGGCCUAGAUUCUGACAUUUAUGUCCAAAAUGCUCUUGUCCAUUUUUAUGGCUCUGUCGGCAACUCAACUGAUGCUUGCUUUCUGUUUGAUAGAAUGCCUGACAGAGAUGUUGCAAGCUGGAAUUCUCUGAUGGGCAUUUAUAAUACCAAUAAUUCAUUCACUGAAGUGAUGGUUUUGUUCAAAAAGUUGAUGUGUGGAUGUGUUAAAGCUGAUAAGAUCAGUUUGGUGAUUGUAUUGUCAGCUUGUGCACAGGCACAAAUGGAGGGUCUAGAGUAUGGAAGGUCAGUCCAUGGCUAUGUAAUAAAAGUGGGGUUUGGAUGUUUUUUGAAUGUGGAUAAUGCGUUGUUGAAUUUUUACAUUAAGUGCAAAGAAAUUGAUGAUGCGUCGAAAAUGUUUGAUGAAUUUGUUCAUGAAGGAGAUGUUGUCUCGUAUACGAUUUUGAUCAAUGCUUAUGUUGAGAUGGGGCUGAUAGAUUUGGCUCGCGAUGUCUUUGAUGAGAUUGUUGAUAAAGAUCGUGUUUUGUGGAACUUGAUGGUUCAUGCGUAUGUUAAGGCACGGUGUCCGAAUGAGGCGUUGGACCUUUUCGAGAAAAUGGAUAGUGCGGGGGUGAUACCAGAUGAAAAUACAAUGGUUAGUGUUCUUUUAGCUUGUGCCAGCAUAUCGGACCUGCAGUGUGCUCGGCUUCUUCAUCGGUUCAUUAACCGGAAUAGCAAUGUAAGACAGGAUGUUUUUCUGAAAACAGCCCUGAUUACUAUGUAUUCGAAGUGUGGGAGCGUGGAGGAGGCCUUGGUUACCUUUUAUAAGAUGGAAUACACAGAUGUUUUUACUUGGACUGCAAUGAUUGAAGGGCUUGCAAACAAUGGGUAUGGGAAUGAAGCUUUGAGUAUGUUUAAUCGGAUGGAAAACCAAGGAAUUAGGCCUAAUGAAUCCACGCUUGUUUCAGUGUUAACAGCUUGCAUCCAUUCUGGGUUAGUUAAAGAAGGUUGCCAAUUAUUCAAAAGUAUGGUCAGUGAUUACAAAAUGCAACUGAAGAUGGAGCACUUUGGCUGUCUAAUUGAUCUACUAAGUAGAGCGGGACUUUUGCAUCAGGCAGAAGAGUUCAUUCAGUUGCUGCUACCUGAGGAAAGGCUCAUAGCUUAUAAAACUUUGCUGAGUGCUUGCAUGAAGUAUUCAGAAUUUGAUUUCGGAAAGAAGGUUGCAAAUGAAAUGUCGAAGUUGAGUUCUAAUAGCCAUGAAACUCGUAUCCUGCUAUCCAACUUCUAUGCCCUGGCAGGUCAAUGGGCUCAGGUUGCAGAGACUAGAAAAUUCAUAAAAGAAUUUGACACAAGAAAGGCGCCUGGCAUGAGUUUUGUGGAUGUAAAACCAUGAUGUGAAGCUGUGAAUGUUACUUGCAUUGAGUGGUUGAUAGAUGGAAGAACAGAACUCCAUUCUUUCCCUGUAUUUAAGCAAUAGAUUUAUGUUACAGAGUGUAGAAGCAGGACAUUUCGUUGAAGAAAAACUGAUGUUUAUAACUUCAA